AUGUACAGCACCACGGCCCUUUCUGUCUUAAUUCAAGGUGUUUUUAUCAAACUGAUGCAGCAUUUUUCAGAGAACCUGGAUCACUUCUCUGACAACAUGGAGGAUUUCUCCAACGACCUCUUCAGCAGUUUCUUCGAUGACCCAGUACUGGCUGAGAAGAACCCGCUGCUGGACAUGGACCUGGAUCCACCCACUCCAGGCAUCCAGGCAGAGCACAGCUACUCCCUCAGUGGAGACUCUGCUCCCCAGAGCCCCCUUGUGCCUGUCAAGACUGAAGAUAAUGCUAACGAGCUGGAGAAUGGAGUGUGGUCGCUGGGACCCAAGCUCUGCUCCAUCAUGGUGAAACAGGAACAGAACCUGGCUCUAGACCUGCCUGAGUCCCAGCUAGCUGCCAGCUCCAUACCAGUGCUGAACCUCAACCCUCUGCAGAGACUACCAGUCCCCGAGGAGACUCCCAUAGAAAUUACUCCAGCGCCUGUGAUCAAAGCUGAACCCAAAGAGGUGAAUCAGUUUCUAAGUGUACCUGCAGAUGACCUGGUGCAGAUGCCUCCAACUCCACCCAGCAGCCAUGGCAGUGACAGCGAUGGAUCUCAGAGUCCCCGCUCCCUGCCUCCCUCCAGCCCAGCCCGACCUGCUGCUCGUUCUUCUACUGCCAUCUCCUCCUCACCUCUCCUCACAGCACCACACAAGUUACAAGGGACCUCUGGCCCGCUGCUCUUGACUGAAGAGGAGAAACGCACCUUGAUUGCCGAGGGCUACCCCAUUCCUACCAAGCUGCCUCUCACCAAAGCAGAGGAGAAAGCACUGAAGAGGGUCCGGAGGAAAAUCAAGAACAAGAUCUCCGCUCAGGAGAGUCGCAGGAAGAAGAAAGAAUACGUGGAGUGUCUAGAGAAAAAGGUUGAGACAUACACAACAGAAAACAAUGAACUCUGGAAAAAAGUGGAGACCUUAGAAAACGCAAACAGGACUCUGCUCCAGCAGUUACAGAAGCUGCAGGCUCUGGUAGCUGGGAAAGUCUCCAGACCUUACAAAAUGGCUUCUACGCAGACCGGGACCUGUCUAAUGGUGCUGGCACUCUGCUUCGUUCUGAUCCUGGGAUCCCUGAUGCCCUGUCUCCCUGAGUUCUCUUCAGCAUCACAGACAGUGAAAGCAACACCAGCACCAGAUAUUUACACAACUAGUAAGAUUCAGUCACGGAGCCUCCUUUUCUAUGAUGAGGGUGCUGGCUCCUUAGAAGAGAGCUAUAGCUCCUUCCUAACCAUGGACCAUCCUGAGGGGUGGGAGGCCGAAAAAGGGCAGUCUGAGGAGGGAAGGCCUCAUCUGGCCAGGACACAUGAGACGGCCAAAUAUCUGAGCAAGUCUCAGCUGGAGGGUCCUGACCAGAACCAAACUGACCCAACUCUCACCGACCUCAAAGAGCAAUUCCAUGAGAGGGAGACAAGCUCCAGUGAGACAGCUGAAUACUUGUAGCAGCUGCUGGACCUCAGGGCCUCAUCUGUCUGAUUGCAGGAUUCCCUCCUCACCGAGCAACUGAGGGGACUUGGCAGGAGAGGACGCUGCAUUCAGACACUCCUAAACUGGCCUUGGGUUCAGCUCCUCCCCUUCCCCAUGCCCACCCCACCCCCGUUAGUACUGAGCUCUCUGAAGGGAGUGGCAGGACUGCCAGAACCAGCAAUAAAUGUCUGGCAAAGCCCUGAGACGUCGUCUUCUCCUGGCCUUACCUCCUGCUUAAAUGAGCACUACCCUAUGGAUGUGGGCUCACCUUGGAGUGGAGGGAGAUCAGGGGAAGCCCCCAAACUAUUCAGCUCACUCCACAAAGCCUUCAGACUCCCCCUUCAGGGGGCUGUCCCCAGGCAUGUACCCCUUGGCUACAUCAGAUGCACCUGACGGAGAGAGAGUGCUGGAUUUACUUUCCUGCCUGGGGGACUUAGGAGUGGGUGAUGCUGGUGCUGGAGAGAUGGCUCUGGAGAGUUUGAGCUCAUUUCUUCCCCUCCAUCUGUGUUAGUAUACUUCUGCUUCUGUUGAGAGAAAACCUAGUUCUCCCUUGCUCUAGUUUUCUCUUGAUGGACAUGCCUACAUAACUUCCAUGCCAACUAUCUGCAAAGAUCUGCACACAAACGGAGUCAGGGGGACAGAUCCCAGACAGAUAAACCACCGUAAAAAUUAGCCAGCAGCUUCUGGGCAACCAGAGCUCUGAAAUAGAGAACAAUUUUCCCCAACAACCCACUUAUCCCCACCCUCAGCACCCUUGCUUUGGCAGGGGUGGUAUUUCCCUUUCUGUUCCCAGCUUGGGCCCCACAGUGCAGUGCUAACCAGGGCAGUGAUCUUCUCCCUUUCCACUCUGCAGACCUCCUGCUUGGAGGUGGGUGGGAGAAACCCACUCCCGUAACCUGAUCCCCCUCCCAGCUCUCCAUCCUCAAUUCUGCUUCAUGCCAAAUGGGGUCUUUCUAGGAACCAUCAAAGAGAGCUGUGCAGCCCAUCGGAGGCCUGUCAGGUAGCCAUCGUUCCCCUCACAUCCUCCCUGGGCACAGCAGUGUUGUGAAAGCCACUGAGGACAUACUGGCAUCUCUGGUGACAGGUACGUCUGUCAGGAAAGAGCUGGCAUGUUGGAAUUGGCCAGGGUCACCAAAGACUGUUUUAGACCUCUUCCUUCUAAGUGCUGGCACCAAAGGUAGCAAACUCUUGCCCUACCACCCUUCAGGCCAGACUUGCCAAGUUUGGUGCUGAAAUGACCUCAUCUCAAGCCAACGCCAUCCUCUUUAGCACCCAGACACCCAUUUCUGACCCUUGUUCCUCCUCAGCAAAAGUCCUGCUGAAAGGCUCAGGCAUCUCCUCACUCCGUUCCCUCAGCUGCCAUUUGAUGGAAGGAGAAUCUGGGGGACACAUGAGUGUCAGAGAUCUGGGAUGUGGCCGGUUGCCCUGUGUUUGUACACGGGAUUCCGUGUGCUCUGCCAGGUCUCAGAGCAGGCUCCUCCUUGGCUUGUUCCUCUCCAAGCACCCUGGACUCACUCUGCACUGCCCCAGCCUCUCCUCUUCCCCCAGGCUGGGAGUGGAGAGGGCUCUCCAGAGAGGAAGGAUGGGAUGGCUUUUGCUCAAGGACUGGGAGAAGUGAGGGAAGGGCCCUCACAUCCCUCUUUUCUCCCUUUUGACAACUGGUUUUGCCCUCUGAAGCCAUUUAGGAAAAAUUUGGACACAGCUAGCUGCAACCAUACAUGCGUAGCCAGUGGGGUGAGGAAGAGGAAGGCCUUCAGCAUAGCUCUGCUCUUCUCAAGGUUCCCACAGGACCUGCUGGUCACCAGAUACCACUGCACUGCCCAUCCUCCACCUCCACCCCAGCACAAAGAACCACUGCCGGGCCCAAGCACGCCCUCCUCCACCCCAGCACUUCCACCGAGCAUGUCCCCGUGCCUCCCACUCCCACCAUUGUACAGAGACCAAGAGCAGAACUCGUUUGUACAUAAUGAACCUUAUUUUGUAUUAUUGCCGAUCCCUUAAGAUAUUGUAUUUUGGAGACUCUCAGAUCCUAUUUUCAGUAUUGUAUUUUAUUAAGAAUUAGUGCGGGCUUGGCAUCUAUGAACUUCUUUCUUGUUAGCAGCUCACUUUCCCAUUAUACUCCAGCCUCUACCCUCCCAGUUUGUUUUGUUUUGAUUUUUCAAACCACCUUUCCCUCCUUCUAUCACUCGCUCUGCAUUUGCUUAGUGAAGCAAAAUAAAAAUAAAAUAAAAAGAUGCAGCAUCAGCCCUGGGUUGACAGGUCCUUUCAUUGAGGCAUGGUUGCCACACCAGCCCACAUGCACAGCCCCUCACCUCCAGCUUCCCCAGUGUCCCAUUCCCUGGCCACGCGUAGAAUUGGUUCAGUGCUGAGAACUUGUGCUCAGUGUCAGAGGCUGGAAACAAAUUUGUGUGUUUUAUUUCCAGCAGCGCUGUCAUUUCUUCUGCAGUUCUGAACAAGUCAGAACUCUUCUGCCUCAGUUUCUCUUCCCUCUCUGAAAUACCGCUAACAUCAUCCUCUUGGAAGGAGGAAGAUUAUGGAAAAAGUUUAUGAGGUCCGAUGAGCUCCUCUGAUGAAGGUCUUGUGCAGGGGUCUUUACAACAAAGACAUUGCUAGUGGCACUGUGGCUCUGGUCCCAUCCUGUCUGAAAAAAUACUUAAAUCCUUCCAUUAACUGUAAAAGCAGAGCAGCUGCGCUCUGAUCAGUAACGACUGGGACCUGGCUGGCGCUCAGCCUGUACCUCUGACAGUCCAUUAACAUCUGUGAAAACUGAUAGGUUUUGUCCUGAUUUUGUGUGAAACACAAGGCAACAGGGGGUCUAGAAAACAAGUCUUCCUUUUCUAGAAAGCUCUGAGUGGGUUUGUUAGAAUUUGGCCAUCGAAAUAACUCCUUGCAACCAGGCCCUCUGUGCCAGGAUGGCAGCCCAAGCAGGAGCCCCUCUCGGAGAUGCUAAAAGGUGGCUCCAUCUUGGCUGGGCUGGUACAGCCGGGCUCUGUCUUUGCCACGGAAGGAGGAUAUGAGGCUCAGGGCUGGCAAAGAUGUCUGUGACUUACAAUUUCUUUGUGGGGAGGAGUAAAGCAGUGAACUGUUGCCACCCUGUUGUGACAGGGCUGGCCAUCGGACAGUGGCUGAGAAAGAGGAGCUCUCUUCUCUUUCCUGGGUCUGUACUGCCAAGAGGGGGUUUGACGUGGUGAUCCAUGGUGGGUUUGUCUGACACGGGUUUUACAGACCCCACAGAGCUCCCUACUCCUCUGCAUGCCCACGGAUGCAAGGAAAUGCCUGACCUUGCCCUGCAGUUUGUGUCCUGGGCCUGAACUAGUUUUAAAUCAAGGGUCUGACAUUUUCCCUGAGGCACCUUGUCCAAAAGCAGGCUGCUACCCCUUCAGCAACGUGAUGUACCUUCCCCCACUGCGUGACCACAGGCUUCCCCCUGCACCUAGCAGAGGUGAGGGGCUCCUGCUUUGGUCACCCCUGUGAAACAUCACCCAGCUCUUCGGGCAUUGACUUCCAGGAAGAUUCUCGCCUGCACCUUCAUAUAUGCUGCAAAAUGUCAAGGGAAAUGGGUGCAAGAGGGAAGCUCCUAAAAGGACAAAUUCUCAGGCUUUGGCUUCUUUAACACUGAUGCAGCCAGAGCAACCAGAAUCCCUGUCCGUCAGGAACAAAUUUCCCUUCAUCUCAACAA